CAAAUAGUUCAGAAACUUUCAACUCAUGUUUCAUCCAGCAAAUUAAAUUGAAAACAUAAAGUUUCAAAAAUCAAGACAAUUUCGUCAUUAUUAAAAUUAAAAAGUUUUUAAUAGAUUGCUCAUGUCCUAGAUUUUUGAUUCGAAGUAAAGGCACGUAGCCAACGAAUAAAAAUGAGCACUGAAAAUAUUUUAAUAGAGCAACAUCUAACGUUCGUCAAUAAAAUGCGUGAGAGAGUAAGAGGAACGGAUUUGGAGCCGAUAUGGGAGAGACUUUAUGCGUAUAUGACUAAAAUAAAUGACUUGCCGGAAGAUAAGAAGAUAGCAAUAGACGCAAUGAUCAAAAAAAUGAUAGCAAAAAUUGAACAUUUUAAAAAUAUUUCGGAACAAAGAUUGGACGCUAUAAAUACUGAAAAUAAAAGUGAUCAUGAAAUUGAUGCCCAAUUUGAAACUUCUCCAGCCCCAGACAUUUCUUCAUUGUCAGUGCAUAGCUCAACUUCACAACCUGAACAGCCUUCAAAAGAUGCCCAUGAAUUCAUCAAGCCAAAGCAGAAGGUAAAGAAGUUUAAAAGAAUCAGAAUGGCACGUAAAGACUAUCCUCACAUUGUAAUGUCACCGAGAGGUGACAACAUUCCUGUAAUGAGAAUAAGACUCUCUGAAAUUCACAAUAAAAAGAGACAAAAGGAAGCAAAGAAAAAGAGUAAGAAGAUAAAGGAUGUUGAUGUUCUGAAAGCAGCAAUAGACCAAUAUGAAAGAAGUAAGCAAUUGCCGAUUUCAGAACCAAUUAUACAGAUAGAAAAAAAUGUUGAGACUGUUCAAGAAAUUCAGCCAGAAAUAGAACAUGAAUCUGUUGUUGAAAAAGUCAUUCAAAAUCAUCAAAACAACAAUAUUCCAAUGGAAGUGGAAAAAGCCGGUGAAAUUUCAAGCGUCCAUAACACCACGAUUGAGAACAGAUUGUCCAUACUUGGGUUAAAGGAAUGCACCGUUAAAAUUAUAAAAUGCACACCAGAAAAAAAGAAAAAUAUUUCAGAGACAAUUGAGUUCCAACCUGAACUUCCAUCUUCAUCAGAAAAAGUUGGUUCUAGCACUCAAGCCAUAAAUAUCCCAAAAAAAUCAACAGAACUUAAAAAAAUUCCAAUUGAAAAAUCCAAAUCUGUAAUUCAGCAAAAUGGAAGUAAAAAAAUCGACGAUCAGGAGUCAAUUUACAUUGUGGACUCUGACGACGAAGAUAACAUGCAUAUUCAGAUAUCAACUACAGCUGUAGAGGAUAUCAAUGCUCAAAAAGUAACCCCAAAAGGAAUAACUCGCUCAAGAAAAAAAUCGCUGUACCGCGAACCAUCAGUCAUUUCAAAAAAAGAAACAGAACAACCGGUAACUCCACAAACAUCAUCAAAAGCUCUAAACAAGUCUCCAAAAACUAUAAAAUAUCAGCCAUCUCCUCAGUCAAAAAAGCAAAAAUUAGAAGAUAAAGAUUCUCAACAAAAUUCUGAUGAUUCGUGCAUUGUUACUUUAAAAACAGUGGAUUUAACAGUCAAACCUCAAGAAGUCACUGGAAAUCCUACAACAUCUCCCGUCACACCACAAACUUCAUCAAAAUCUGCUGAAUUAUUAAAGAACGUCAAUAAAUCAGCUCCUGUUGCUAAACUUCAAGGUCCAAAACGAAACAGAAAUUCAAUUGACACGCUGCCAAUUUUAAGAAUGAUCUCACAGACAUCAGAAAAAACAGCAAUAAGACAGUCAGUUAGACAAGCAACAAGAAGAAAUAGUGUUGCUGUUGCUUUCGAGCCACAAUUACCAGCAAAACAGAAAAUUACACCAGAAAAGUCAUCAAAUUUCAUUAAAAUUAUAUCAGUGGAUUCAAUUCCAUCAUCUACGAGCAUGUUAAAAAUGUUGGACGCUCAACAAAUUAUGCCUACAAAAAAAUUGCAAAAUGCCAGAAAAUCAACACAAUCAAACCAAAUUUUGCUUAAUCGUGAACUAGCAUCAUGUAAUCAGACAACAAACAAUAAUAAUAUGAAUCAGGUUACGGCUUUAUAUGAUGAUAGUUUGGAAUUGAUUUCAUAUGAACCAACUCAAAUUCCUCAAAAUAUUCCGUCAGAGUUUAAAAAUGAGCCUAAGUCACCAGUAGGCUAUAUGACACCGCCAAUGACAGAAAUCCCAACAUGCGUCAUGUUACUUGAAGCUCAGAAAGAUAAGAAACUUGUGUUGCUUAGUUCUGCAGCAACAUUAAACAAAAUUCGUCCGUGGCUGAAAACAAGCGAGCACAGGAAAUUAUUAAAAAAUUGCGAAAAUAUGCUUGCGAAUGGAUUUUGUUUAUCAGCAUUAUUUAAAUGCAUGGGAUCGACUUGCAGUUACUAUACCAACAACUCAACAUUAUUCAUACGUCAUUUAAAGAUUCAUCAACAAAAGCAAGCAAAUGACAUGAAAUAUUUCUCACAAUGUGCUUACUGUAGUACUAUUGAUGAUAAUCCUGAAGCUUUAGUCCAACAUAUUAUAGAUAAACAUGGAUACAGCAGAUAUCAAUGUGCAUACUGCUUUUAUAGAAGCUGCGAUUUUCACAUUCACACACACCAUAAAUUAUUUCAUCCACUAAAAUCUGAAGUCAUCAUUGAAUGUAAGCCACUCAGAACAUUGGACAUAGAAAAAGAAUUCGAAAACGCUUUGAGUAAUGUUAUGAGUGUGUGCAAGCCAGUUUUUUGUUGCGUCUGUAAGUUCAAGUUCUACAACAUUAAAAAUUUUGAGAAUCACUACAAAGCAUAUCCAUCUGUACCAUCAUCAAGAUGUCUACAUUGUAAAUUUGAAAUUACUCAAGCAUCUAUUAUGGACCAUUUAAAGGAAUGUCAUAAAUUUGGUGACUAUAACUGCGCUUUUUGUUCCUUUGCAUCAGACUCAUCGGAUUCGAUAAAAAUUCAUCUUUCUAAUCAGCAUUAUGAUAAGCCUAUGCUGUAUUAUGAUCGUACUAAGCAGUCACAUAAUGUAGAUCUGAAAGCAAAAGGAUCGACGAACAAGGAAGAUGUCCUGAAAAGUGUUGUGCUGAAGAAACUAAUUCAUCAAGAACAGAUGAAUGCAAAGAAAAUAAAAAUUUUCAAUGAUCCGAAUGAACUUGAAAAUGUUCAUAAUAUCAAUACGGGACUACUGGAAAAAUAAAUAAAUUUUUGGUAAUUCAAGGAACUGUUAAAGAUGUCUACAAUGUUAUUUUAAAAAUUAAAG